UUUACAAUGAGUAAAUGUGGUUACGCUAAACGCCGUCUGCAUAUACCUCCGAGUCUCCUGAAAUGUUUCUCCGGUUAUUGGAGUGCCUUGCUUUCCAGUUUUAAAUUCAUGGCAGCAAUAUCGAUAUCACUGGUCAGCGUUACUAACCUAAAUAUCCAAAACAUAACCAUUAUUAACAGUGUAGGGUACGGAUUAUUCGCUUUCAACAUAAUGGGAGAAUCACUAAUCAAUUCCUCUAUCUUUGGAGAGAACAAGGCAACAGCAUCAGAGCAAGCUGGAGGUAAUGCUAUCUUCAUUUUUUUGAAUUCUUCUCAAACUAUGAUGAAGCAAAUGCUUACUAUUCAAAACUCUUUCUUCUACAAUGGAAGUGAUAUUUUUCAAUGUGGGAAGAAGUGUAAAAGCAAUCAAUUCGGUAGGCAAAUCAAUUCAAAUGGCUUAGGAAUAAUUACAAUACAAAAUAACUACGCUGUAAAAGUAUUUGUACACAAUGUGACAUUCUCUGGAAAUAUUGCAUCGAGAAAUUAUCUUUCAAUACUUAUUAAGGAUCACAGCGGUAUUGCCAAUAGCUUUCAGUUCAUUAACUGUAAAUUUGUACAAGACGGAGCCUUAAAGAUAGAGAGAAAUUCUAAAGGAAAAUUUAAUAAUUCCAACAUAAAUGGACAUCAAUUGGUCAACCUUGAAAAUUGUACUUUCUCUGAGGGAGUUGAUACUGGAAUUUAUGUAUUCCUUGAAGACGAAAACUUUUUCCAAGACAUUGUAAUCAGUAACUGCACUUUCAAACACUUCCAUUCAAACUCAAUAGCGGUGUAGGCAUAAGCAGCUCAUGUCCACGAAUAAGAAUGAAAAUCACAAAUUCGAUUUUUUUUAAUAACUUAAUACCAUGCUCCAAGUUUGAGCUCACAACAUUACCAUAUAGUACCAACAAAUGUCCAUCAAUAAUAAUUGAUAACUGUAUAUACGAGCAAAAUCACAGUCCAAAUGACUAUUUGAUUUCAACAGUCAAAUAUAAAUCUUUAUAUGGAGAAUCAGAUACUAAGUUUGUAGAAAAAUAUGAGGAAGAAUACAGACUCAAUCGGCGUUUUCUUGACCAAGUGGCAUUUCAGAGUACCUCAUUUAUCAGUAAUACAUUGGGUCCCGAGUCAUUCAAAGGAAUAGUUGGUGCAACACACAUGUGUACAUAUCAUUCACUAACUGCUAUUUUGUAAAUUCCACAGGAACAGCGAUACAAGCAAAUAAUUCAGUAAUUAGUCUUUUUGAAACUAAUCACUUCAUCAACAAUACUGGCAAAGAAGGUGGAGCAUUGUCCCUCCUAGAGUCAAGACUACAUCUCAAUAACAACUCAACAACUUUCUUUGAUCGCAAUAAGGCAAAUUAUGGGGGUGUUAUAUUUGCUACUCCACUCUAUUCAAACAUUACUCUUGCGUACAGUACAACACUUCCUCUUUGUACAUUGGGCCUUCCUAGUUACGGAAUAAAUACCUCGACUGAUUUCAACGUAUUAGUAAAUGUCACCGUAUAUAGUGACACACAAGCAUUAUACACUGGGAAUACCAUAUUCUAUGGAGCAUUUGAACAUUGCUUAUAUAUGUCGCUUACCAAUGAUGGUACCUCAACCUCAUUGGUUCAAACAAACCUACAAGAACUACUAUUCCCAUCACAUUACAUAUAUUCUGUACCAUCCAACUUAAUUCUAUGUGGCGCAUCUCAGUUUGAAAAUAGAGUAGUAUUGUCAACAUACCCUGGGGCAAACUUUAAUCUAAGCAUUAAAACAGUUGGAGAAAGUUACGCAAACAUUCUUCCAGUUUUAAUAAGAGAGAAGCUUUGUGUUGACGAUUCUCGAAAAUGUAAAUUAGACUAUUUAAGUGAGUUACGAUAUGGAGUAGGAAAAGAACUGGUAACAACUGAUUGCAACAACAUCACAUACAGUGUUCACGCUCUUUCCAAAAAAAUAUUUUUGGAUAUACAAAUACACCAAUAAAUUGAAGAAAGUCCUUCCAUAAAACUUAAUGCUACACCUGUGAUAGUUGAGGUAAAUCUCCAACCAUGUCCAAUUGGAUACGAAAUGUCGAAGGAGAAACCAUAUUCUUGUGUAUGUACUGAAUACUUAUCAAAUUUUGAAAUUAAGUGCAAUCUUAAUGAGAAUGGAAAAAUAUUAAGACUAAACCAAAUGUGGAUAGGAUUCCAUUACAAACAUCCAAGCAACAUAAGUGUACACAAAUCGUGUCCAUUCGACUAUUGUGUACCCGAUCAAGGAUACAUUAGUCUCAGUCAGCCUUACGAGCAAUGUAUAAGCCAACGAUCAGGUGUUCUUUGUGGAAAUUGCAGUGGUAAUCUGAGCAUUGUCCUAGGAACCUCGAACUGCAAGGAAUGCACUAAUUUGUAUCUAUUUCUGAUCAUACCAUUUGCACUUGCUGGAAUAGCUCUUGUGGUUUUGCUAUUAAAGUGCAACCUUACAGUAGCUAACGGACACAUUAAUGGCAUCAUUUUCUACGCUAACAUUGUUCACAUCAAUAAACCGCUCUUCUUUUCCACACCAAGUAAUGCUGCUAGUUUAAUAUUUUCCACCUUCAUAGCGUGGCUUAAUCUCGACCUCGGUAUUGAGACUUGUUUCUUUGAGAACAUGGACGCUUAUGCGAAAGUGUGGCUACAAUUUGUCUUUCCAGUUUAUCUGUGGACCAUUGUUGGUGCCACUAUUCUCUUCGCUAAAUUCUCAUCACGAGUUAGUCGAUUCAUUGGCAACAACUCUGUUCCUGUACUAGCUACUCUGUUUAUCUUUUCAUACGCUAAACUACUCCGAAAUGUCAUUGCUGUAGUAUCUUUUACUUACAUUGAGUUUGAAGAUGGUUCAUAUAGUACAGUCUGGUUGCAGGAUGGAAAUGUAGAGUAUUUCAGUGCAAAACAUGCAGUGCUUUUCCUAAUUGCAAUGCUCUUCACAAUUGGCUACUUAUUCCCCAUGACAUUGUUUGUUUUCUUUGCUCCCUGCUUACAGUCUUGGUCAAACCACAAAGCUUUCAGGUGGGUGAACAGGUUGAAGCCACUUCUGAUGCUUACCAAGGACCUUAUAAUGACAACUUUCGGUUUUGGACAGGACUCAUGAUAUUUUUACGACUACUACUUUUUAUUGUGUUUGCAACGAAUUUCAACAAUGAUUCUUCAAUGAACUUCUUCUGGAGUAACUUUUUGGUUUCGCCAUUCGCAGUGCUUUGCUUUAUAAAGAGUGUUUACAGGCAAAAAUUUGCUAACUUGCUUGAGGCCUUUUCCCUUCUGAACCUCGUCAUGUUGUGCACUGUUAGCUGGCUGGUAAGGUCGACUGUUUACAAUAAGCUACACGAGAUUAUACCAAAAGUGACAUACAUCUCAAUCGCCCUAACAUUACUGGCAUUUCUGAGCAUUUUGAUUUACCAAGUCACGCUAAAAGUAUGUCCCCAGAUUCUUAUCAGAAACAAACCAAACGAUAAUGAGCCAGCUGAGCAAGAAUUUAUUGAGAGAGAACCAGCAGAACCAACGGUUACGUACGUGGAACUGAGGGAGCCACUAUUGGAUUUGUAGA